GCCACAGCCCUUGGGGUCCUCCAGCCAGGGCACUGGACUCCUGCCUUGCCUCUACGGGGCUGCUGGAGUUUGGGCCAGGCUUCUCCAGUGCUGCCUGCCCGCUCCCCUUUGGAGCGCUGCCCCAAACCUCGCGGCCUGGCCACCACCUGCUGCUGAGGAUGGAAGAUUCAGUGCCUCCCCGGGAAAAGGCCAGCUUCUACUCUGA